UUGUUCCCGUCCGCAGUCGCAAAGCCAGCAACGCAAUUACAUAGGAGCGACUCGCAGCACAGCGACAUAGUGACUCGACAAUAUAGUGCGGACCAGCCUAAUCCCGCAUCGCUUCUUUUUUUUCCCUCGGUACAAAUCGUCCAAUUUACAAUCGUCGUUACUACUGACAUCUACACACUGCGGGAGAGGAGCGGGUUUGCAUUGGGAAGGGACUGAGAAGGAUUAUUGAUGUCCAGCUCGCCGCUGUCCAAGAAGCGUCGCUUGACAGGAACAGAGACGAAGACGGGAUCCCACUGCUCCUCCUCUAACUCUGUCAGAACUGAUCUGUCCCACACACCUGCCAACGGCAUGGCUAAGAAUGGCAAUGAUGCUGAGAUCGAUGAAGGCCUGUACUCCAGACAACUUUACGUUUUGGGCCAUGACGCUAUGAAGCGCAUGCAAAACUCCAAUGUCCUAAUCUCUGGUAUGAGAGGUCUUGGAGUAGAGAUUGCCAAGAACGUCAUCCUGGGUGGAGUCAGGAGUGUCACUGUGCACGACCAAGGAGUUGCAGAAUGGAGAGACCUCUCUUCUCAGUUUUACCUUCGGGAGGAGGACCUGGGGAAGAACAGGGCAGAAGUGAGUCAGCACCGUUUGGCUGAACUCAACAACUACGUCCCUGUAACUGCCCACACCGGAGCACUCACUGAAGACUACGUGACCAAGUUCCAGGUGGUGGUGCUGACCAACUCGUCUCUGGAUGAGCAGCAGCGCAUGGGAGAUAUCUGCCACAGCAAAGGAAUCAAGCUGAUUAUUGCUGACACACGUGGAUUAUUUGGCCAGCUUUUCUGCGACUUCGGAGAGGAGAUGAUAGUGUACGACACCAAUGGAGAGCAGCCGCUGAGUGCCAUGAUUUCCAUGAUCACCAAGGAUACUACAGGAGUUGUGACAUGUCUGGAUGAGGCCCGUCAUGGCUUUGAGAGUGGAGACUAUGUCACCUUCACAGAGGUUCAGGGUAUGACGGAGCUGAAUGGCUGUCAGCCGGUGGAAAUCAAAGUCCUAGGUCCAUACACCUUCAGCAUCUGUGACACAACCGGCUUCACAGAUUACGUAAGAGGAGGAAUCGUCUCUCAGGUUAAGAUGCCCAAGAAGAUCAAUUUUAAAUCUAUCUCCUCCUCCAUGGCUGAACCAGAGUUCAUGCUAACAGACUUUGCUAAGUUUGAGCGCCCCGGACAGCUGCACGUAGGCUUCCAGGCCAUCCAUGCCUUCCAGAAGAAACACAACGCCCUUCCUGUACCUUGGAGUCAGUCUGACGGCGAGGAGCUAUUGACAUUGGCCAAGGAGGUGAACUCUGCCCAGACUGGAUCAGCCAAAGUGGAGCAGCUGGAUGACGCUCUUAUCAAGAAGAUGUCAUACGUUGCUGCUGGAGAUCUGGCCCCUGUCAAUGCCUUCAUCGGAGGCCUGGCUGCACAGGAAGUGAUGAAGGCAUGCACAGGAAAAUUUAUGCCUAUAAUGCAGUGGCUGUACUUUGAUGCCCUGGAGUGCCUGGCUGAAGAGGAAGGAGUCAUGCUCACAGAAGAAGAUUGCGCCCCUAGAAACAGUCGGUAUGAUGGGCAGAUUGCAGUGUUUGGCACCAAACUGCAGGCCCUGCUUGCCAAGCAGCGCUACUUCCUGGUUGGGGCCGGUGCCAUUGGCUGUGAGCUGUUGAAAAACUUUGCCAUGAUUGGACUGGGUAGCGGAGAGGGCGAGGUCAUUGUGACCGACAUGGACACCAUAGAGAAAUCCAAUCUCAACAGACAGUUCCUCUUCAGACCAUCGGAUGUUACGAAAAUGAAGAGUGACACAGCCGCUGCUGCAGUCAAGCAGAUGAACCCCUCCAUCAGGAUCACAGGUCACCAGAACAGAGUGGGCCCAGACACAGAGAGGGUGUACGAUGACGACUUCUUUGAAAGCCUCGAUGGAGUUGCUAAUGCACUCGACAACGUUGAUGCACGUAUGUACAUGGAUCGGAGGUGUGUGUACUACCGUAAGCCCUUACUGGAGUCUGGUACUUUGGGUACCAAAGGCAAUGUCCAGGUCGUGAUCCCCUUCCUCACAGAAUCAUACAGCUCCAGCCAAGACCCACCUGAGAAGUCCAUUCCCAUCUGUACCCUCAAGAACUUCCCAAAUGCCAUUGAACACACACUGCAGUGGGCCCGCGAUGAGUUUGAGGGACUGUUCAAACAGCCAGCAGAGAAUGCCAUGCAGUACCUCACAGAUCCUAAAUUCAUGGAGCGUACUCUGAAGCUGCCAGGAGCUCAGCCUGUGGAGGUGUUGGAGGCUGUUUAUAAGAGUCUGGUCACAGAUUGCCCUCACAGCUGGGCUGACUGCGUAGCCUGGGCCCGCAACCACUGGCAGUGCCAGUACAGCAACAACAUCCGCCAGCUACUGCACAACUUCCCCCCAGAUCAGCUCACCAGCUCUGGUGCCCCCUUCUGGUCUGGGCCAAAAAGAUGUCCUCACCCCUUAGAUUUCAGCACUAGCAAUGAGCUGCACAUGGACUACAUAAUGGCAGGAGCCAACCUGUUUGCUCAGACAUACGGCCUGCCAGGCAGCACUGAUCGUGCAGGCGUGGUUAAGAUUUUGCAGGACAUCAAGGUUCCGCAAUUUACCCCUCGUUCAGGAGUUAAAAUCCACGUCUCUGAUCAGGAGCUGCAAAACAGCAAUUCCUCUGUUGAUGACUCCAGACUGGAGGAGCUGAAGAGCCAGUUGCCUUCCCCUGAGAAUUUCCAGUUCAAACUCAGCUCUAUAGACUUUGAAAAGGACGAUGACACCAACUUCCACAUGGACUUUAUCGUGGCAGCCUCCAACCUGAGAGCGGAGAACUACGACAUUCCCCCUGCAGACAGACAUAAGAGCAAACUGAUAGCUGGCAAGAUCAUUCCUGCCAUCGCCACCACCACGGCCGCAGUGGUGGGCCUGGUGUGCUUGGAGCUCAUCAAGAUUGUCCAAGGACACAAGAAGCUGGAGUCAUACAAAAAUGGCUUCAUGAACUUGGCACUGCCUUUCUUUGCCUUCUCUGAGCCCAUUGCUGCUCCAAAACACAAGUACUAUGAAAUUGACUGGUCACUGUGGGAUCGCUUUGAGGUCACAGGGCUGCAGCCCAGUGGGGAAGAGAUGACACUCCGACAAUUCCUGGACUACUUCAAAAAUGAGCAUAAGUUGGAGAUCACCAUGCUUUCUCAGGGAGUGUCCAUGCUCUAUUCGUUUUUCAUGCCUGCUGCCAAACUUAAAGAGAGGCUGGACCUACCGAUGACGGAGAUUGUGACUAAGGUGUCCAAAAAGAAGCUGGGCAAACAUGUGAAAGCCCUGGUGUUUGAGCUAUGCUGUAACGACCUUUCUGAUGAAGACGUGGAAGUGCCCUAUGUCCGAUACACCAUUCGCUGAGCUCUGACCUGAGCUCACCAGUUAUAGGGAGGGGGGGGGGGGCGUAGGGUUGUUCUAAGCUGGGGGAGGGGUUAAGGUGGGUGGGUGGGUUGAUCCAGGUCAGCUCUAUUGGAUCAAUCAUAUUUUUUAGGCCUGCGGUUUGUGUAAACCUGUGCCUGAGUGUACAUAGCCCCAGUAAGCUGACUUAAGGAUACCUGUAUGUUGUUAGGGAUCAGCAGGGGUGUCAUUGGAGGAAGGGAGCAUGUAUACUGGACAUCCUGAUGUUCCUCAACAGCACACUCUGGUCCUCACUCUGUUAAAUAAGCCUUAGUGAUCGCCUGGUACUCCAUAGCCCAACUAUUGUCCUCUGAAAGAUGGUCAGAGUCUUACUAGCCUUCAGCUGUAAAUGAGGCAUCUUUUAAAUCCAACCCACUGUCCACUCUCCACUCUACUUGCUCUCUUCCCUGUUCCAACCCCUGUCUCGUAGACCUGGUCCCACAUUACUGUUUCUUUUUUCUUCUUUUUUUUUUUUUUUUUUCUUCCUUCAAUGAUACACCCCAUUAAAUAAUAACAAAAGAAAAGCGAGCCCAGGGAGGAAAAUAAAAGAUGUAAACCCAAGAUGGCAACUUCUCCAGACUGAAAAUAUAAGUGUUCCCUCUCCCUCAUCACAGCACUCAUUGGCUUUGAAAGGGGCUCUUGCGCAUGACAUCGAUUUUCUUUCUAUUUCAUGUGAUUUAUUUUCUAUUUUAUUUCGGGGGCGGGGGUUGGGGGGGUUGGUCGGACAAAGUUUUGACACACAAACACCUGGUAGAUUAUAAACUGUCUUUCUACUUUGUUAACUCCAAAUGGCAUAACUGUGUAAGAGCAAGGCAAUGAGAUGUAUCUUGAAAUGGGAGCACUUAGUGUGAUAGUGAAUAAACAUGUAAAAACAUA